AUGUCUCUGGCUCUUCGGCUACAUCGUACUCAGCAGCUCAAACUCUCGCUACGAGGGGUUGACUGGCCUCGCAACUACAGCUCGUUCCCGCUUAAAAGCACCUUCAAGCAAUUAAAACAUCUCCAAGCAAAUAUGGGACCUCACAAUCGUUCCAGUGCUGCAAGCACUAACUCAGCUGACUCUAAAAGAAAGAACACCGACACCCACGAGGCCCGGUCUGCUCCGACAUCGCCCACCGCACGGCCGAGCAACAAGGCCGAGCCAGACGCGUCGCCAGCUCAGCCUGCAACAGCGUCUAGCUUAUGGAGCGGUCUAUUCAGUAUACUCUGGAACUCGUCGACCCUGCUCAACACUUCAUCAGGACGACGGCCGUCCAUCCCAGAGGUCUUCAAUAACCGCAUCGAGUUCGACAGAGACGAAUUUGUCAUCGAUCUGGGUGUGUUGUACGAAAAGUACGACACUCUCUUGCAGGAAUUGAAAGAGCAAUAUGUCAAGAUUCAGGAUCUCCAGAAGGACAAGACCACGGCUGAAAGUCGCAUCACAAAACUUCAGAAGCAGGCGGAAGAAGUUUCUACGAGGGACACAAAGCUGAGGCAGUCACUAACAAAGAGGAACAAUGAUGUGAAAGAAUAUCAAAACUGCCUCUUGACACUGAAGUCGCUAAUGGGUAAAGCGGAAAAAGAAGCAGCUGGCCACGAGUCAGAUUGA